UCGAAUACGUUUGUGAGUGCGCUAUCGUUUUCUAUUUCUCUCUUCCAGCUCCAUUCUCAUUUUAUCUUGUAUAUGAUCGUGUGAGGCGCGCGCGCUCUAGGCUAUGGCGGCGGCGGUGGCAGCGUCGCAGGCGGCGCUAUUCAAGUCUCCUUUCCAAUCUUUGGAUUCGUGCGAUGAGCAGAAGAGCGUGAAGUUUAGGAGCACAUUUCAUGGAUCGCGCCGGAUCAGCAAGGCGGCUAGAUGGAGCAGGCAUCUCUUAGCGGGGCAGCAGCAUCGGAUUUCUUGCUCCGUGAAUGCUCCCAGUCCAGCUCAAGCGCCACCGCUGCCCAAGGGAGCCGAAUGCUACGGUGUUUUUUGCGUUAUUUAUGAUCUUAAAGAAGAGGAGAAACCGAAAUCAUGGAAGAAAAAACUCGUGCGCGUUGCAGUAUCAGGAGCUGCUGGGACGAUCUCCAAUCAUCUUCUUUUCAAGAUUGCAUCUGGCGAGGUUUUUGGACCCGAUCAACCUGUGGCACUCAAUCUUCUGGGAUCAGAGCGAUCGAAAGAAGCACUUGAAGGAGUUGCUAUGGAGUUAGAAGAUUCACUCUAUCCUCUGUUGAGGGAGGUCAUAAUCGGCAUAGACCCGUAUGAGGUGUUUCGAGAUGCGGAGUGGGCUCUGCUUAUUGGUGCUAAACCUCGGGGACCAGGCAUGGAGCGAGCUGACUUACUUGACAUCAAUGGGCAAAUAUUUGCCGCACAGGGUAAAGCUCUUAAUGAAGUAGCUAGCUCGAACGUGAAGGUUGUUGUAGUGGGAAAUCCAUGCAAUACCAACGCUCUCAUUUGCAUGAAAAAUGCACCCCGGAUUCCCAAUAAAAACUUCCAUGCUCUUACUCGGCUGGACGAAAACAGAGCAAAAUGCCAGCUCGCUCUUAAAGCUGGAGUAUUUUAUGACAACGUUUCGAAUGUUACUAUCUGGGGAAACCAUUCUACAACACAAGUACCUGACUUUCUGAAUGCAAAAAUCAAUGGAAGGCCUGUGAAAGAAGUCAUAACCGAUCACAAGUGGCUUGAGGAACAGUUUACUCCAACUGUACAAACGCGGGGAGGUGUUCUCAUCAAGAAAUGGGGGCGCUCUUCUGCUGCAUCCACAGCAGUAUCGAUCGUGGACGCAAUGAAAUCCUUGGUUCAGCCCACUCCCCCUGGGGACUGGUUUUCUUCGGGGGUUUAUGCUGCUGGGAACCCUUAUGGCAUUGACGGCGAUCUUGUCUUCAGCUUACCAUGCAGAUCGAAGGGAGACGGUGAUUACGAGAUCGUGCCGGGACUUCAUAUUGACAAGUAUCUAUACGAGCGCAUAAAGAAGAGCGAGGACGAACUUAUCGCGGAAAGGAAAUGCGUUGCUCAUCUUAUCGGCGAGGAGAAUGGAUUUUGUGAUCUUCCUGGAGGCGACACAAUGCUCCCUGGAGAACAAUAGCAAACAAACUAAUUUUUGGAAAACUUGAUCUGGACA